UAUGAAAGUCUUGCUUUGCAGGAGCUCAAUCUAGUAGCUAGCUAGAGCUUAGAUAGGUUGUCCUCACUACUGGUUUGGAUGCUUUGAGCUAUCUACACUACCAAGGCUUUGAAGUUCGCUAUGGACCAUCGAAUGCGAUGGACGUCAGUGCGUCGUUCGAUAGGUGUCAUCGAAAAUCGAAAGAUACAAGAGAUAUGUUCUCAAGUUUCAAAUCCUGAUGUGAAUCCACACCACCGACCACAAGUCACGCUCAUCAAGAAGGAAACGACCACCAGUAGAAAGAGAUGACAUUUCUUGGUUUCGUUUGUUUUAUCUUUGUCGCUUUGGUAGCGUCAAGCCAUUCCUUGCUUGUCUUGCCAGUGCUGAAUCGGCAGCUGCAAAGAAUCCGCGCUGCUCCGGCACCACUCGUCUUUCCUACCUGGGCAGGACUACCAAAAGCCAGAGGCAAUAUUAUCGUCCCCCUUGCCACUGCCGAAGGCUCGGAUGAUGCAUCGAUCGACGAUAAAGAUGAAGAGGAUGAAGAAGAAGUAGAACCAGGAAAAAUGAGGGUAUCCGAAAUCAAAGCGGAACUGGACACGAGAGGAGUGGCGUAUGACGAUUGCUUCGACAAGGAAUCCCUAGACGAACGUCUCACAGCUGCUCGAAUGAGCGGCAAAGCCAACCCAGAACUGAUUGAUCAAUUCAACAAACAGCGUUUAGAAGAUCAAUUUGAAGGUCGCCAACCGGUGGAUGAAGCUUUGAGUGACGACGUGCUUCUCGACCAGGCGGUAGGGAACGAUGGAAAUUUGCCCGGUGGUUUGAGUCCAGAACAAUUCAAAAAUCUGGUGGAGAAUCCAGAGGUGAUGACUCUGCUUCAAAGUACCAAAAUGCAAGAAGCCAUGAAACUUGUCAUGACGGGUGGACAAGAGGAGCUGGAACAGGCCUUAAAAGACGAUACUGAGCUACGGGAUAUGGUUGGAACGCUUCAAUCGAUUCUGGGUGGACCCCCUGGAGGAGCAUAGUCUAGCUAAUUAGAUCUCACAGAGAUUCAAUCUAGCAGAGCAAGCAAACCUUGGUAGGCAAGAAAUUAAUCGAAAAAUGGAACUGUGGGAUACGUAUCCCCCCGCCUAGCUAGUAAUCCAAACCGGUGCUCCAAUCCAAAGCAAGAAACCCUUGGUCGUUUUGUCGCCUGGUGUUACUCAAUCUGUAUCCAGUCGUCCUCUCCCUUCGCUUAUUAGCUUUGAAAUAUGAUAUAGAUAGUACGGUACCACGUACCGCUUCCUGUUUGCAGAGCCAGGUCCCUUCGCAGUUCGCACCAGCCCGCCAAGCGCAUUACGGAAGAGAAGACUAAUAAUAAUUGUGAGCGCUGAAAGCACCUCAUGCUCGCCUUUAAGUAUCCUUUUCUAACGGAUCUAAG